AUGGCUGCGUUUCUCUGGUCCUAUUACCAAGCCAUCAAGGGCGUGGGAGGGUUGCGAGCAUCAUCGGUCAUCGGCGAUCGCGAAUGGAGAGCGCCCGUUGCGCUUCCUACACAUGUGCGGAUCCUUCCGCAUUUUGAGGCUGGAAGCGCUCGUUCCGAGCGUUUUUCUUCCGCCGGGUCACGCUGGAAGCGCUCGUUCCGAGCGUUUUUCUUCCACCGGGUCACGUGGCUGCACUUGUCUGGUCCUAUUACCAAGCGAGCAAGGGCGUGGGAGGGUUGCGAGCAUCAUCGUUCAUCGGCGAUCGCGAAUGGAGAGCGCCCGCUGCACCUCCUUCCAUCACCCCGCCCCAUUCUCCCGCUUUCCAUCACCCCGCCCCAUUCUCCCGCUUUCCAUCACCCCGCCCCGUUCUCCGGCUUUCCAUCACCUCGCCCCAUUCUCCCGCUUUCCAUCACCCCGCUUCAUUCUUCCGCUUUCCAUCACCCCGCCCCAUUCUCCCUUAUUCCAUCACCCCGCUCCAUUCUCCCGCUUUCCAUCACCCCGCCCCGCUUUCCAUCACCCCGCCCCAUUCUCCCGCUUUCCACCACCCCGCCCCAUUCUCCCGCUUUCCAUCACCCCGCCCCAUUCUCCCGCUUUCCAUCACCCCGCCCCAUUCUCCCGCUUUCCAUCACCCCGCCCCAUUCUCCCGCUUUUCAUCACCCUGCCCCUUUCUCCCUCUUUCCAUCACCCCGCCCCAUUCUCCCGCUUUCCAUCACCCCGCCCCAUUCUCCCGCUUUCCAUCACCCCGCCCCAUUCUCCCGAUUUCCAUCACCCCGCCCCAUUCUCCCGCUUAUUAUCACCCCGCCCCAUUCUCCGUCCUUCCAUCAGCCCGCCCCAUUCUCCUCCUUGCAUCACCCCGCCCCAUUCUCCCGCUUUCCAUCACCCCGCCCCAUUCUCCCGCUUUCCAUCACCCCGCCCCAUUCUCCCGCUUUCCAUCACCCCGCCCCAUUCUCCGGCUUUCCAUCACCCCGCCCCAUUCUCCGGCUUUCCAUCACCCCGCCCCAUUCUCCCGCUUUCCAUCACCCCACCCCAUUCUCCCGCUUUCCAUCACCCCGCCCCAUUCUCCCGCUUUCCAUCACCCCGCCUUAUUCUCCCUUCUUCCAUCACCCCGCCCCAUUCUCCCUUCUUCCAUCACCCCGCCCCAUUCUCCCGCUUUCCAUCACCCCGCUCAAUUGUCCCGCUUUCCAUCACCCCGCCCCAUUCUCCCGUUUUCCAUCACCCCGCCCCAUUCUCCCGCUUUCCAUCACCCCGCCCCAUUCUCCCGGUAUCCAUCACCCCGCCCCAUUCUCCCGCCUUCCAUCACCCCGCCCCAUUCUCCUGCUUUCCAUCACCCCACCCCGUUCUCCCGCUUUCCAUCACCCCGCCCUGUUCUCCCGCUUUCCAUCACCCCGCCCCAUUCUACCGCUUUCCAUCACCCCGCCCCAUUAUCCCUCCUUCCAUCACCCCACUCCGUUCUCCCGCUUUCCAUCACCCCGCCCCGUUCUCCCGCUUUCCAUCACCCCGCCCCAUUCUCCUGCUUUCCAUCACCCCGCCCCAUUCUCCCGCUUUCCAUCACCCCGCCCCAUUCUCCCGCUUUCCAUCACCCCGCCCCAUUCUCCCGCUUUCCAUCACCCCGCCCCAUUCUCCCUCCUUCCAUCACCCCUCCCCAUUCUCCCUCCUUCCAUCACCCCGCCCCAUUCUCCCGCCUUCCAUCACCCCGCCCCAUUCUCCCGCUUUCCAUCGCCCCGCCCCAUUCUCGCUUUCCAUCACCCCGCCCCAUUCUCCCGCCUUCCAUCACCCCGCCCCAUUCUCCCGCUUUCCAUCACCCCGCCCCAUUCUCCCGCUUUCCAUCACCCCGCCCCAUUCUCCCGCUUUCCAUCACCCCGCCCCAUUCUCCCGCUUUCCAUCACCCCGCCCCAUUCUCCCGCUUUCCUUCACCCCGCCCCAUUCUCCCGCUUUCCAUCACCCCGCCCCAUUCUCCCUCCUUCCAUCACCCCGCCCCAUUCUACCGCUUUCCAUCACCCCGCCCCAUUCUCCCGCUUUCCAUCACCCCGCCCCAUUCUCCUCCUUGCAUCACCCCGCCCCAUUCUCCAGCUUUCCAUCACCCCGCCCCAUUCUCCCUCCUUCCAUCACCCCGCCCCAUUCUCCCGCUUUCCAUCACCCCACCCCAUUCUCCCUCCUUCCAUCACCCCGCCCCAUUCUCCCGCCUUCCAUCACCCCGCCCCAUUCUCCCGCAUUCCAUCCCCACGCCCCAUUCUCCUGCUUUCCAUCACCCCGCCCCAUUCUCCCGCUUUCCAUCACCCCGCCCCAUUCUCCCGCUUUCCAUCACCCCGCCCCAUUCUCCCGCUUUCCAUCACCCCGCCCCAUUCUCCCGCAUUCCAUCACCCCGCCCCAUUCUCCCGCUUUCCAUCACCCCGCCCCAUUCUCCCGGUAUCCAUCACCCCGCCCCAUUCUCCCGGCUUCCAUCACCCCGCCCCAUUCUCCCGCUUUCCAUCACCCCGCCCCAUUCUCCCGCUUUCCAUCACCCCGCCCCAUUCUCCCGCCUUCCAUCACCCCGCCCCAUUCUCCCGCUUUCCAUCACCCCGCCCCAUUCUCCCGCUUUCCAUCACCCCGCCCCAUUCUCCCGCUUUCCAUCACCCCGCCCCAUUCUCCCUCUUUCCAUCACCCCGCCCCAUUCUCCCGCUUUCCAUCACCCCGCCCCAUUCUCCCUCUUUCCAUCACCCCACCCCAUUCUCCCGCUUUCCAUCACCCCGCCCCAUUCUCCCGCUUUCCAUCUCCCGCCCCAUUCUCCCGAUUUCCAUCACCCCGCCCCAUUCUCCGUCCUUCCAUCAGCCCGCCCCAUUCUCCUCCUUGCAUCACCCCGCCCCAUUCUCCGGCUUUUCAUCACCCCGCCCCAUUCUCCCGCUUUCCAUCACCCUGCCCCAUUCUCCCGCUUUCCAUCACCCCGCCCCAUUCUCCGGCUUUCCAUCACCCCGUUCCAUUCUCCGGCUUUCCAUCACCCCGCCCCAUUCUCCCGCUUUCCAUCACCCCGCCCCAUUCUACCGCUUUGCAUCACCCCGCCCCAUUCUCCCGCUUCCCAUCACCCCGCCCCAUUCUCCCUUCUUCCAUCACCCCGCCCCAUUCUCCCGCUUUCCAUCACCCCGCCCCAUUCUCCCGCUUUCCAUCACCCCGCCCCAUUCUCCCACUUUCCAUCACCCCGCCCCAUUCUCCCGCUUUCCAUCACCCCGCCCCAUUCUCCCGCUUUCCAUCACCCCGCCCCAUUCUCCCGGUAUCCAUCACCCCGCCCCAUUCUCCCGGCUUCCAUCACCCCGCCCCAUUCUCCUGCUUUCCAUCACCCCACCCCGUUCUCCCGCUUUCCAUCACCCCGCCCCGUUCUCCCGCUUUCCAUCACCCCGCCCCAUUCUACCGCUUUCCAUCACCCCGCCCCAUUAUCCCUCCUUCCAUCACCCCGCUCCAUUCUCCCACUUUCCAUCACCCCGCCCCGUUCUCCCGCUUUCCAUCACCCCGCCCCGUUCUCCCGCUUUCCAUCACCCCGCGCCAUUCUCCCGCUUUCCAUCACCCCGCCCCAUUCUCCCGCUUUCCAUCACCCCGCCCCAUUCUCCCUCCUUCCAUCACCCCGCCCCAUUCUCCCUCCUUCCAUCACCCCGCCCCAUUCUCCCGCCUUCCAUCACCCCGCCCCAUUCUCCCGCUUUCCAUCACCCCGCCCCAUUCUCCCGCUUUCCAUCACCCCGCCCCAUUCUCCCGCUUUCCAUCACCCCGCCCCAUUCUCCCGCUUUCCAUCACCCCGCCCCAUUCUCCCGCUUUCCAUCACCCCGCCCCAUUCUCCCGCUUUCCAUCACCCUGCCCCUUUCUCCCUCUUUCCAUCACCUUGCCCCAUUCUCCCGCUUUCCAUCACCCCGCCCCAUUCUCCCGCUUUCCAUCACCCCGCCCCAUUCUCCCGAUUUCCAUCACCCCGCCCCAUUCUCCCGCUUAUUAUCACCCCGCCCCAUUCUCCGUCCUUCCAUCAGCCCGCCCCAUUCUCCUCCUUGCAUCACCCCGCCCCAUUCUCCCGCUUUCCAUCACCCCGCCCCAUUCUCCCGCUUUCCAUCACCCCGCCCCAUUCUCCCGCUUUCCAUCACCCCGCCCCAUUCUCCGGCUUUCCAUCACCCCGCCCCAUUCUCCGGCUUUCCAUCACCCCGCCCCAUUCUCCCGCUUUCCAUCACCCCACCCCAUUCUCCCGCUUUCCAUCACCCCGCCCCAUUCUCCCGCUUUCCAUCACCCCGCCCCAUUCUCCCUUCUUCCAUCACCCCGCCCCAUUCUCCCGCUUUCCAUCACCCCGCCCCAUUCUCCCGCUUUCCAUCACCCCGCUCCAUUGUCCCGCUUUCCAUCACCCCGCCCCAUUCUCCCGCUUUCCAUCACCCCGCCCCAUUCUCCCGCUUUCCAUCACCCCGCCCCAUUCUCCCGGUAUCCAUCACCCCGCCCCAUUCUCCCGCCUUCCAUCACCCCGCCCCAUUCUCCUGCUUUCCAUCACCCCACCCCGUUCUCCCGCUUUCCAUCACCCCGCCCUGUUCUCCCGCUUUCCAUCACCCCGCCCCAUUCUACCGCUUUCCAUCACCCCGCCCCAUUAUCCCUCCUUCCAUCACCCCACUCCGUUCUCCCGCUUUCCAUCACCCCGCCCCGUUCUCCCGCUUUCCAUCACCCCGCCCCAUUCUCCCGCUUUCCAUCACCCCGCCCCAUUCUCUCGCUUUCCAUCACCCGGCCCCGUUCUCCCGCUUUCCAUCACCCCGCCCCAUUCUCCCGCUUUCCAUCACCCCGCCCCAUUCUCCCGCUUUCCAUCACCCCGCCCCAUUCUCGCUUUCCAUCACCCCGCCCCAUUCUCCCGCCUUCCAUCACCCCGCCCCAUUCUCCCGCUUUCCAUCACCCCGCCCCAUUCUCCCUCCUUCCAUCACCCCUCCCCAUUCUCCCUCCUUCCAUCACCCCGCCCCAUUCUCCCGCUUUCCGUCACCCCGCCCCAUUCUCCCGCCUUCCAUCACCCCGCCCCAUUCUCCCGCCUUCCAUCACCCCGCCCCAUUCUCCCGCUUUCCAUCACCCCGCCCCAUUCUCCCGCGUUCCAUCACCCCGCCCCAUUCUCCCGCUUUCCAUCACCCCGCCCCAUUCUCCCGCUUUCCAUCACCCCGCCCCAUUCUCCCUCCUUCCAUCACCCCGCCCCAUUCUCCCUCCUUCCGUCACCCCGCCCCAUUCUCCCGCUUUCCGUCACCCCGCCCCAUUCUCCCGCUUUCCAUCACCCCGCCCCAUUCUCCCGCCUUCCAUCACCCCGCCCCAUUCUCCCGCUUUCCAUCACCCCGCCCCAUUCUCCCGCUUUCCAUCACCCCUCCCGAUUCUCCCUCCUUCCAUCACCCCGCCCCAUUCUCCCUCCUUCCAUCACCCCGCCCCAUUCUCCCGCUUUCCUUCACCCCGCCCCAUUCUCCCGCUUUCCUUCACCCCGCCCCAUUCUCCCGCCUUCCAUCACCCCGCCCCAUUCUCCCUCCUUCCAUCACCCCGCCCCAUUCUCCCUCCUUCCAUCACCCCGCCCCAUUCUCCCUCCUUCCAUCACCCCGCCCCAUUCUCCCUCCUUCCAUCACCCCGCCCCAUUCUCCCGCUUUCCAUCACCCCGCCCCAUUCUCCCGCUUUCCAUCACCCCGCCCCAUUCUCCCGCUUUCCAUCACCCCGCCCCAUUCUCCCGCUUUCCAUCACCCCGCCCCAUUCUCCCGCUUUCCAUCACCCCGCCCCAUUCUCCCGCUUUCCAUCACCCUGCCCCUUUCUCCCUCUUUCCAUCACCUUGCCCCAUUCUCCCGCUUUCCAUCACCCCGCCCCAUUCUCCCGCUUUCCAUCACCCCGCCCCAUUCUCCCGAUUUCCAUCACCCCGCCCCAUUCUCCCGCUUAUUAUCACCCCGCCCCAUUCUCCGUCCUUCCAUCAGCCCGCCCCAUUCUCCUCCUUGCAUCACCCCGCCCCAUUCUCCCGCUUUCCAUCACCCCGCCCCAUUCUCCCGCUUUCCAUCACCCCGCCCCAUUCUCCCGCUUUCCAUCACCCCGCCCCAUUCUCCGGCUUUCCAUCACCCCGCCCCAUUCUCCGGCUUUCCAUCACCCCGCCCCAUUCUCCCGCUUUCCAUCACCCCACCCCAUUCUCCCGCUUUCCAUCACCCCGCCCCAUUCUCCCGCUUUCCAUCACCCCGCCCCAUUCUCCCUUCUUCCAUCACCCCGCCCCAUUCUCCCGCUUUCCAUCACCCCGCCCCAUUCUCCCGCUUUCCAUCACCCCGCUCCAUUGUCCCGCUUUCCAUCACCCCGCCCCAUUCUCCCGCUUUCCAUCACCCCGCCCCAUUCUCCCGCUUUCCAUCACCCCGCCCCAUUCUCCCGGUAUCCAUCACCCCGCCCCAUUCUCCCGCCUUCCAUCACCCCGCCCCAUUCUCCUGCUUUCCAUCACCCCACCCCGUUCUCCCGCUUUCCAUCACCCCGCCCUGUUCUCCCGCUUUCCAUCACCCCGCCCCAUUCUACCGCUUUCCAUCACCCCGCCCCAUUAUCCCUCCUUCCAUCACCCCACUCCGUUCUCCCGCUUUCCAUCACCCCGCCCCGUUCUCCCGCUUUCCAUCACCCCGCCCCAUUCUCCCGCUUUCCAUCACCCCGCCCCAUUCUCUCGCUUUCCAUCACCCCGCCCCGUUCUCCCGCUUUCCAUCACCCCGCCCCAUUCUCCCGCUUUCCAUCACCCCGCCCCAUUCUCCCGCUUUCCAUCACCCCGCCCCAUUCUCGCUUUCCAUCACCCCGCCCCAUUCUCCCGCCUUCCAUCACCCCGCCCCAUUCUCCCGCUUUCCAUCACCCCGCCCCAUUCUCCCUCCUUCCAUCACCCCUCCCCAUUCUCCCGCCUUCCAUCACCCCGCCCCAUUCUCCCGCUUUCCGUCACCCCGCCCCAUUCUCCCGCCUUCCAUCACCCCGCCCCAUUCUCCCGCCUUCCAUCACCCCGCCCCAUUCUCCCGCUUUCCAUCACCCCGCCCCAUUCUCCCGCGUUCCAUCACCCCGCCCCAUUCUCCCGCUUUCCAUCACCCCGCCCCAUUCUCCCGCUUUCCAUCACCCCGCCCCAUUCUCCCUCCUUCCAUCACCCCGCCCCAUUCUCCCUCCUUCCGUCACCCCGCCCCAUUCUCCCGCUUUCCGUCACCCCGCCCCAUUCUCCCGCUUUCCAUCACCCCGCCCCAUUCUCCCGCCUUCCAUCACCCCGCCCCAUUCUCCCGCUUUCCAUCACCCCGCCCCAUUCUCCCGCUUUCCAUCACCCCUCCCGAUUCUCCCUCCUUCCAUCACCCCGCCCCAUUCUCCCUCCUUCCAUCACCCCGCCCCAUUCUCCCGCUUUCCUUCACCCCGCCCCAUUCUCCCGCUUUCCUUCACCCCGCCCCAUUCUCCCGCCUUCCAUCACCCCGCCCCAUUCUCCCUCCUUCCAUCACCCCGCCCCAUUCUCCCUCCUUCCAUCACCCCUCCCCAUUCUCCCUCCUUCCAUCACCCCGCCCCAUUCUCCCUCCUUCCAUCACCCCGCCCCAUUCUCCCGCUUUCCAUCACCCCGCCCCAUUCUCCCGCUUUCCAUCACCCCGCCCCAUUCUCCCGCUUUCCAUCACCCCGCCCCAUUCUCCCUCAUUCCAUCACCCCGCCCCAUUCUCCCUCAUCCCAUCACGCGCGCAUGGAAAAGUUCGGCGCCUGCGAUGA